CCGCCAAAUUUAGUCCCAAAUCGGUCGAACACACUCCAAAGCCUUAGAAAACCCUAAAAUCUACAUUUUCUAAUUCACAUUAACCAGUAAGGCACGAGAGAGAUAUGGAAAUUAAAUUGAAGUGCAGCUGCGGCGAAGCGAGUUGCCCUGAGUGGGCAAUCAUCGAAUUGCAAGGUGUUGUUGAAGUUCAACCAGCCUUCCAAGAACGCUUGCGAAAUCUUCAAAUUGGUAUUCUUUGCCGCCCUUCUUCUCAGGAAAAUUAUACCUUUACUGUUGGUUAUCAUGAAUUGUCCGGGUCAAAGAUCCCCAUGAAGAAACCAUUACUGGUAUUGAAGAAGAAGAUAAUAAAAUCUGAUAUGGAAAUAGACCAGAAAGAUGAUGAUGAUGAUGAUCUGAAUUCAUCACGGGUGGAACUAGAAGUUAUUGGUAUCAUUCGUCAAAGAAUUUUAUUCAAGACCAGACCUAAAGCUCUUAUCACCAAACCACUAUCUCCUGUGAAGAAGAAGAAAGCAACUGCACCAGUUGCCAUUUUUGAAAAGCAAACUUGACUUGAAUGAAGAAUCUCAGACAAAUAUUUGUAUGUGAUGCUGUUCAAGAAAAGUGUGUUUUGAUCAUAGUUGUAAUAUGGUCAGAUGCCUGCAAAAUAACUCAAGUCCAAUGUUUGUUCUAUGCUUGUAAUCUAAUACAUGCCAUCUUUGAAACCGAGUUAUGUUUAUCAAUCAUUACCCUAUCUUUCUCUUAAGGAGAAUAUAUUUUAAUUGGAACUACUGUGGUUAUCAUGUCUGCACAUGCCAGAGG